AUGCUUCGACAGCCAAACCAAAGACUAUGCAGACACUUGCACUCGACGACGAGGACAAUGGCAUCCAAUAGAGGCCCCAUAGGUCCGCCAAAGACAAAAGAUCGCGGUCCGCCCAGCAAAGAAGACACCCAGACCGACUUUGGUGCCAUGGACGUCCUCGGUGCUACGCCCACUCCCACAACCGCCAUUGACGCUUGCGCACACGACGGCUUUGCUCUCAAUUCUGGGCUCAAGAUUGCUGGGUCUGGAGUUUUGCUUGUCGGUGGCGACGCCUUCAACUGGAAGCCCUGGAUCAGAGAGGGUCGAAAGGAGGGCACAAUCGGCUUCUUGCGCAACAACAAGGGUCAAUGGGAGGUGGCUGAACACAGCUGGGGACUGCUCGACGCCGUGUGGCCCAAGCCUGAUCUCCUUAUCCUGGGUACUGGUCCAACAAUCAUCCCAGUCUCGCCCGAGACGCGAAAGCACAUCAGCGAUCUGGGCAUUCGUCUCGAAGUUGCAGACACGCGUAAUGCCGCUUCUCAAUUCAAUCUUUUGGCUACCGAGCGCGGUGUCCAGCAGGUCGCUGCCGCUUUGAUACCCAUUGGUUGGAAGGAGGGCACUUACUGA